AUGUCUUCGGCAGCGGUGCAAUCGACGGCAUCCGCCCUAUCAACAAACCGCCAAUACCAGCAACCUCCACACAACCGCGAUCACAACCGCGACCAAUACUUCGCCCAGACAGCGCCGAAUGUAGCUGCGUCUCCCGCCUCGUCGAGGAAAGCAGCAAGAGGUCCCAGCGGGACUGCUUCGGCGUCAAACAGCAACAGCCCCCACACACCGCAACAACAACAAUACCACUCACCCGCUGGAUCUAGCACAUCCAACAUGACCACACCGCGUGCCUACGCCCUCCCUCCCUCUACACACAGUUCUCCUUCGAUGGUCCCUGUAGCUGUCUCACCCACAGCCCUGAAUUACGCCGGUGGUCCGCCGAUAGCACCUCCUCGCACAUCUUCCCAUCAGCGAAGCCAAACGGCGACCGCGCCUGCCACCGACGCACAAAUAUACACAAGACCGCUGGAAGAUCGGCCGGGUCCCUCCAGAACCGCUCAGUACAAUGCCGAGUAUGACACCGGGAGCGAUCGCGAACGCGUACGGGACGACCCGGCAUCCUCUGCAGCCGCAGCAGCUCAAACAAGACGGCGAGCCCAUCAGUCGCCAAAAGACAGCCCGCAGCAGCAGGGUGGCAGUUCGAGUAGAUCGAGACCGUCUCCCGCACACAGCCGCUCCGCCACGGCCGUCGGCUCCACACCCAUCGGCACUGAGCUGCCCCGAGAACAAAGCACGAUAAUAGAUCGAUUGGUGGUGGGGGAUCCACAAGAAGACAUCGCCCGUGAACGAGCACGCAUAGCAGAGUCGCAACCCAUGCCUGCCGGCACCGAUGUCACCCCAAUAACCGGCCUCGGUCUCGUCGGCAGCGACGGAGUGAACGAUGGCGGGCGAGGCGCAGGCAAGAGCCGGCAGGAUUACUCGAAGUCAGGGACGUCCCGAAAAGAAACCAAGUUUGGGGACUACAUACUAGGCCAGACGCUGGGAGAAGGCGAGUUCGGCAAGGUCAAGAUGGGCUGGAAGAAGGAGGGCGGCGUGCAGGUCGCCAUUAAGUUGAUUCGGCGUGAGACGCUCGGGUCGAACAAGAGCAGGUUGCAGAAGAUCUACCGGGAGAUUGAGAUCCUGAAGGGCCUUCAGCACCCAAACAUCGUCCGACUGCACGAGAUGGUCCAGACGGAGCGGCAUAUCGGCAUCAUUCUGGAAUACGCGUCAGGAGGUGAACUUUUCGAUUACAUACUCAACCACCGAUACCUCAAAGACAACGCCGCACGACGGCUCUUCGCUCAGCUGGUGUCUGGCGUGGGCUAUCUGCACAAGAAGGGCAUCGUCCAUCGAGAUCUGAAGUUGGAAAAUCUGCUUCUUGACCGGAACCGGAACAUCAUAAUUACAGACUUCGGCUUUGCGAAUACAUUCAACCCAGAGGACGAGCUAGGAGAAGAGAUCGAGUACAACCUAACAAGUAAAGACUUUGUAAAGAGGAUGAACCUGGAUCAAACUGACACGGCUGGCCACCGAAGAGGAGAUCUAAUGCAAACAAGUUGUGGCAGCCCGUGCUACGCGGCUCCUGAACUUGUUGUCAGCGAUUCGCUCUACACGGGCAGGAAAGUCGAUGUCUGGAGUUGUGGUGUCAUUCUGUACGCUAUGCUGGCCGGCUACCUGCCAUUUGACGACGACCCGGCGAACCCUGAAGGCGAUAACAUCAACCUGCUGUACAAGUACAUUGUCUCGACACCUCUCACCUUCCCUGAGUAUGUCACACCGCAUGCCAGGGACCUGCUAAAACGCAUCCUGGUGCCCGAUCCGAGGAAGCGUGCCGACCUUUUCGAAGUUGCCCGACACAGCUGGUUGAGUGAAUAUGCUCAUGUUGUCGGGUUCAUCACCAGUAGCACUACUACCUCAAAUGACAUUGUGAACGCUACCGUACCUUCAGAAGAUCCAUUCGAGACGCCGUUAUUAAACCGUAGCGCCUCGGUCAGAGAGCCCGGCAAACCACACACGACAGCAUCACCAGUCGGAGGACUGACUCCCAAACAUGGCCAUGUUGACCGAGCUGAAGUCACGCCGAAAGGGCCUAGAGACGUUAAGCGAAACACCGUCCAAGUCGAGUACGUGGCCCCUCACUCGCAGACCACCAGGGAAGCGCCCGCGGCAACGGCUCCGGCGACUGCUCCGAUUCAGACACAGCAAGGCACACCCAGAAGUCGGGCUGCGGACACCCGGCAGGGUCCGGUGGAGAUACCCUCAACUGCCAGUUAUGCCACGUCAGCGCCGCUGCAGCAAACAAAUGUCACUGCUAGCAUGCCACCUCCCUCCCGACCUGGUAGAGACGCCCAACGCGCAGCCUCGGAUUCAACUGCUUUCGGAAGCGGACCCUCGAUGGCUGCCAGACCGUCGACCGCCGGCACUCUAGGCAGCAACGCACGACUGCCCUCGCGCGGCAACUCCUACGGCCAACCCGCCGUCGCCACCGUCGCCGCUACCACCGCUCAAGGCCGCUUCGCCCAGCCGAAGAGCAAGCAAUACAUCAUCUCCGCUCCUAUGCCCCAGCACGAGCCCAUUAUAGGCGGCGAUGCCACAAUGGGUCGCCCAAGCACCCAACGCACGCCCUCCGACUAUCAAGCGCUGCACCAAGAAUCGCAAGACCACCAGUCCCGCGGCCACAAGCGCUCCAACACGGCUAGCGGCCUCGGCGAGAAGCUCUUCGGGCGGACCCCCUCCAUCUUCGGACGCACGAGCUCGCGGGACCAUACCCAGCAAAUGCAGCAACAACAGCAGCAGCAGCAGCAGCAAAAGAAGAGCUACCCACCCGUCAGCAUGCAAAACGCCCUCCCCGCCGAAGCCGCACCAAGGCGAUCAACAGAGUCAGGAAGAAGGAUCUCCGGCAUGUUCAGCCGCAAGAACAGCGACAUGGCCAACCCCUCCUCCGCCGCCGAGAAACCCCGCCGCUUCUCCUUCCUCAAAGGCAUCUCCUCGAGCUCCCACAACAAGGAGCAACAGCAGCCCGGCGCACCCUACCCCUCCGACUCGCGCCGAUCUUCUACACAGCAGCCACCGCGGAGCCGCCCACAGAGCAAAUCCCGCCCUGUCAUGGCGUUUGGGAGAGGCGAGUCCCGCUCCAGUCUCAGUACGACGAACUCGACGAUUCCGGUGCUGUAUGAUCCUCAGCUGGAUCGACGCGCGAGGGACAGUCCCGCGACGCAUAUGCGGGAAGUUAGGGGUGCGGGAGAGCAGGGAUCAGGGAUCCCGCAGGCGUACUAUGGGCCCGGGGCGGAGGGCCAGAGGCAGACGAGCUAUGGACACGGGAAUGGGAACGGGGUCGCGACGCAGCCCAGCCGGAAUGCGCAGCCAUACGCGCAGCCGCUGCCGCAAGGGCAGAUGGAGGCACCACAAGACCCGCACUACUACCGCACCGAAUCCGACCAAUCCGAUCCCAAACACUACCACCAGCAACAGGCGCAAACCCAGCAGCGCCCCCUCUACCCCCCAGGCUUCAACAGCUACGACGGCCAAACCCAGCCGCUCCCACCCCAGCAGCAACAGCAGCAGCAGCAGGGCAAUGAUAGACGCCAGGGUGUGCUCCAGAAGCCGAAUCGCAAGUUUAAUGACGCGUAUGAGGGGAGUGGGUCCGGAACUGGGGCUGCGCGGAAGGUUAUGGAUUUUUUUAGGCGACGGGGGAGGACGUAG